CAAAAACCCAAAGAAAAAAACAUAAAAUUAAUGAAAAACACAGAAUUUCAUCUUCCGAGGAUGUCUUUUAAGGUGAUCUUCUCAGUGUCAGUGCUUUCCUUGGCAUUGUCUCAGUUCUGUAAUCCUCUGUUUCUGGCAGAGGAGCUUCCGUUUUCGUUCUCGUCUUCGUUUUCGUUCAUCAAUCAGCUGCUCUUCCGCUUCAGCUCCAGCCCCAAUUACGUCUUCCUCUUCUGCAACGGGAUUCUGGUUCUGAUCAUAACUAACUCCGGCCAUUUUCCGGGCAGUCAGCCGCCGGAGAAAUCCGCCGGAAGUAUUCCUCUGCAGCUUCAUCAGGAAGGAAGCAUUUUUCAAGAAGACGAAGAAGGGGAAAGAGCGGGGCAGGACGAAAGCAUCAUUCCCGGGGCUCAUCCUGAUCAUCAACACCAUCACCGUAAAGAAGAUGACCAAGAAGAAGAAGAAGAUGAUGCAGAAGAUGAAGAUAUGGAACUGGUGGUCUUGGGCGGCGGCGAACAUCAUGAGAGCGGAGGAGAAGAAGAAGAAGAAGAUGGGAGGAGUGAUAGGUUGAGCGAUGAAGAGUGGGACAAGAAAUUUGAUGAAUUCAUAAAGAAAAUGAAGCAAGAUUUCAUCAUCUACAACAAGUAGUGGCAAUUCAAGUCACUAUAUGUUUGUUGCUCUAUUAUAUUGUUCAUGUCACAUUGGAUUUACUAGCUUAACACUAGACCAUAAUUUUAAUAGAUUUUGAUAUUAGCUAGUUUGGAGAUGUGGACUACAUGCCCGUUCACUAGUAUUAUAAAUUCAUUAGCAAGGG